UAAAUGAUCGAUGGCCGUACAUCGUGUUUAGUUCACGUACGUUCACUUAUCUAGCUUCAGUAAAGGCAGCCUUCUAUACCAGUGCGUAUAAAGGUUGCUCCCGAAACACGCAAUAAUAAGUACUCUUGCGUAUUUUUCAAUUAUAACCUCCAAAAGCAAUCUACGAUGAAGUUGCUGUACUUCCUUUUCACCGCUUUUCUUUGCAUCAGUGGAUCACUAGGAGAUGGACUUACAUGUACACUUAAACCUGCUGAUAUACCGAAGUUAUGGUUGGACAUGGUUGAACCAUGUUCAAAAAUUUUAGAAGCCCAGGUCAAAGUAGAAGUUGAAGCUGCUGUAACUUAUCUUGCAAUGGGUGCUCAUUUUGCCCGUGACACGAUUAAUCGUCCUGGAUUUAGUAAGUUCUUUUUCAAUGCUGCUAAUGAAGAAAGAGAACAUGCAAUAAAAGUAAUUGACUACCUAUUAAUGCGUGGCCAGCUAACAAAUGAUCCUAGCAAACUUUUGAAAUUCCCCUUGAGCACAAAGCGUGAAGAAUGGAAGAGCGGUCUUGAAGCUCUUACAGAUGCUCUUAAUUUGGAAACUAAAGUUACGCGUAAUAUUCGCGACAUUAUUAUAACGUGCGAAAAUCCAAAAUCUGUCUCCUUCAAUGAUUACCAUCUGGUAGACUACCUCACUGGAGAUUUCUUAGAUGAGCAAUAUAAGGGACAACGUGACCUAGCUGGAAAAAUCUCAACAUUAGGUAAAAUGAUGACAACUCAUGGACCGUUAGGAGAAUUCCUUUUUGAUAAGAAACUUUUGAAUGAUGAAAUUUAAUCUGUAUUCGAUCAACAAAAUCUUUUUUCAAUAAAUGUGUAUGAAAUUAUGGCCAUAUUUAGAAUAAAGCAUAUAACUUUGUUUAGUUUAAUUAUACUUUGAUACAAGAAAUAUAAAUUUUAUUCCAUAUAGAAUAUUUUUCUAAAUAUGGUCUGUAAUAUAGAUAAGCAAAAAACCCUAUUUACAAAUGUUUGUUAAUCUGUAAUAAAUAUAUUACUCAUAAUAAAUGAAAUAAAUAUUUUAAGAUUCAUAUAAAAA